AUGGCGGCCAAGGUGGUGAAGCUGGCAGUUCUUUCUUCUAGUCUGCCCUUUGCAUGUUUUACUGUGUAUGCAGCUACAGAGAAGGAAUCCAAAGGUCAGCUGGUGAAGCCACACCAGCUUCCGAUUUACUGUCCACCACCUCUGGAGUCAAAGUACGUUGAAGAGCAGCCUGGCCACUUGCAGAAGCAAUUUUCUUCAGUAAGGCAGAGAACCGGCCGCUAUGUCGGGUGGUGCAAGGAUGCUUUUGUCUUUAUUAAAAAUGGAAUAAAGGGUUCAAUUCAGUUUGGAAAAGAUGCUUAUGUUUACCUGAAGAAUCCACCCCCAGAAUUUCUUCCCAGAGUUGGUGUGAUUACAAUAUCAGGCUUAGCUGGUAUGAUGAUGGCAAGAAAAGGUUCUAGGUUUAAGAAAAUUUCUUAUCCAGUGGGACUCACUACUUUAGGAAUUGCUGUUUGCUACCCAGCUCAGUCAGUGGUAUUUGCUAAGGUAACAGGGAAAAAGUUACUCUGUGCAACUCAUCAAACCUAUGAAGCUGUGCGAGCACUGUGGGCAGAACCAGAAAAUAUGACCAAGCUGCAGCAAGAGUCAAAAUCUGUUCCACAAGAAGAUAAGAAGAAAGAAAUUUCUAGUAUGAAACCUGAGUCUGCUAUUGAGUCAAGACCAUUUAACAGAACAGAUUCUUCUCCAGUAGAGUCUUGGAGUAGUAAAGACCCAGUGGCUUCACCAGGAACACUGAAGACAGCAAAAUUUAAGCCUGAUCCAAGACUUAUGGACCAUGGUCAGUCCAGCCCAGAGGAUGUGGAUAUGUACAGUACUAGAAGCUAAGACAAAUCUGCUUACAAAUCUUUGCAAAGUAUUACAGAUAAAGAGAGGGGAAGAA